AGCCAGGCGUGAGCAAUCGGCGACCGAGCGGCGGGGCGGGGCGAGGUAGGGCGGGACCUGCUCCUCCCGCGGUGCCGCGCACCUGCGUGCCGGGUGCGCCUGCGGCGGCUUUGGGUCGCAGACCGGAGGCGGCGGCCGGGAAGAAGUCCCUGAACAGAGAUCUUGUUAUAGAAGUUCACACAAAAUACUGAAAUGUCAGGUUCCACAGCAUUUAAGAUGAGACUAGUUCAUUUGGACUUUAAAGGAGCUCCACCAAAGGUCUCAUAUCUCGCGGAGAUCUUUCCGCUCUUCCGAGCUCUGGGUGCGAAUGGCCUCCUCAUUGAGUAUGAAGACAUGUUUCCUUACGAGGGCCACCUGAGUCAGUUGAGGGCCGUGCACGCAUACAGCCCCGCCGAAGUCACAGAAAUCCUGCGUCUGGCCAGACUCAGUAAACUGGAGGUCGUUCCCUUGGUGCAGACGUUUGGACACAUGGAGUUUGUGCUGAAGCAUUCAGCAUUCGCGCACCUCCGGGAAGUGGCACUCUUCCCCAACACCCUCAACCCUCACAAGGCAGAGUCCCUGGCCCUGGUGAGCGCCAUGAUUGACCAGGUCCUAGGGCUGCACAAAGGCACCUGCUGGCUCCACAUCGGGUGUGAUGAGGUCUACUACCUGGGUGAAGGGGAGACCUCUAAACAGUGGCUGCAGCAGGAGCAGAACAGCCAGGCCAAGCUGUGUCUGUCCCACAUCUGGGCAGUGGCCAGCCAUGUGCUGAGCCAGCACCCCAGCACAACACCCCUGGUGUGGGAUGAUAUGCUGCGGGACAUUCCCCAAGAUCAGCUCGCAGCAUCUGGGGUGCCGCAGCUGGUGGAGCCCGUGCUCUGGGACUACAGUGCCGACCUAGAUGUCAACUCCAAGGUCCUCCUGAUGGAAAAGUACCGGGAGUGCGGCUUUCUGCGUCUGUGGGCAGCCAGUGCCUUCAAGGGGGCCACGGGAGCCAGCCAGGUCAUACCCCCAGUUCAGCACCACCUUGGGAACCAUGCACAGUGGCUACAGGUGGCAGACAGUGGGCCAGUGGAUGCACUGCAGGGCAUCAUCUUGACCGGCUGGCAGAGGUAUGACCACUUCUCGGUGCUCUGCGAGCUGCUCCCCGUGGGCAUCCCGUCCCUGGCUGCCUGUCUGCAGCUGCUCCUCCAUGGAGGAUUUGCUGAGGAUGUGAAAUCGAGAGUGGAAAACCUCCUUGGGGUUUCAAGCCCAGGAGGAACAGAUGCCGUAAGUGUGGGAGCCAGCUCCUUCCCUGGCAGUGAUGUUCACACCCUCGUCACACAAGUCAGCCUCCACCUGCGCAGCUCUGUAGACGCACUGCUGGAGAGGAACAGGUAUGUGACUGGCUGGUUCAGCCCCUACCAUCGCAGGCGGAAGCUCAUCCACCCAGUCAUGCUCCAGCACAUCCAGCCCGAGGCACUCAGCCUCCUGGGCAGGUGGGGUACCCUGGUGCAGCAGUUGGAGGUGGCGCUGCAAUGCAUCUUCUACCCCGACACCGUAGAGGAGUGGCUGGAGGAGAAUGUGCACCCUAGUAUGCAGCGGCUGCAGGGCCUGCUGCAGGACCUCACCGAGGCAGCCAUACCCCUGCCACUGCCUCCCAGCCCUGCCGGGGAUGUGGGUCAAGACCCCUGAGGGGCUCCUGCCAUGGGCUGGGGGCUGUGCUCUUGGCCUAAGUGGGCUGAAGGGAGCUUUACAUUCUGUGUCCUCCUGCUGCACCUGGACAAGGCCCAGGGCUCACAGUGCGGGCAAUGGAAAACACCAAAGGAAAAGGCACACAGGACCUGUUUAUGAUGUGCAUAGAGAACUUUUAUUAAUUCAUCUGAAAUAAAAAUACUACCAGUUGCCAAGUCCCGCUAACAGAAA